UGCAGACACCGUGGAAGGUGCUCCUGGGACUGCUGGGGAUAGCUGCGCUCGUCACCGUCAUCACCGUGCCCGUGGUUCUGCUGAACAAAGGCACAGAUGAUGCUGCAGCUGAUAGUCGCAGAACCUACACGCUAACUGAUUAUUUAAAAAGUACUUUUAGAGUGAAGUUCUAUACCUUGCAAUGGAUUUCAGAUCAUGAAUAUCUCUACAAACAAGAAAAUAAUAUCUUGCUAUUCAAUGCUGAAUAUGGAAACAGCUCCAUUUUCUUGGAGAACAGUACAUUUGAUGAACUUGGAUAUUCUACAAAUGAUUACUCGGUAUCUCCUGAUAGACAAUUUAUUCUCUUCGAAUACAACUAUGUAAAGCAAUGGAGACAUUCCUACACAGCUUCAUAUGACAUUUAUGACUUAAAUAAAAGACAGCUAAUCACAGAAGAGAGAAUCCCAAACAACACACAGUGGAUCACAUGGUCACCAGUGGGUCAUAAAUUGGCAUACGUUUGGAACAAUGAUAUUUAUGUGAAAAAUGAACCAAACUUGUCCAGUCAGAGGAUCACGUGGACUGGGAAAGAAAAUGUAAUCUACAAUGGAGUAACUGACUGGGUUUAUGAAGAGGAAGUCUUCAGUGCUUACUCUGCUCUGUGGUGGUCUCCAAACGGCACUUUUUUAGCAUAUGCCCAAUUUAACGACACAGAAGUCCCGCUGAUUGAAUACUCCUUCUACUCUGAUGAGUCACUGCAGUACCCAAAGACUGUGCGGAUUCCAUACCCAAAGGCAGGAGCUGAGAAUCCAACGGUAAAGUUCUUUGUUGUAGAUACCAGGACUCUCAGCCCAAACGCCAGUGUAACUUCCUACCAAAUCGUUCCUCCGGCGUCUGUGUUAAUAGGGGAUCACUACUUGUGUGGCGUGACAUGGGUAACAGAAGAAAGGAUUUCUUUGCAGUGGAUCCGGAGGGCUCAGAACUAUUCGAUCAUCGAUAUCUGUGACUAUGACGAAUCCACCGGAAGAUGGAUUUCCUCAGUGGCCCGGCAACACAUUGAAAUCAGUACCACUGGCUGGGUUGGAAGAUUUAGGCCUGCAGAACCUCAUUUUACCUCUGAUGGGAAUAGCUUCUACAAGAUCAUCAGCAAUGAAGAGGGCUACAAACACAUUUGUCAUUUCCAAACAGACAAGAGUAAUUGCACAUUUAUUACAAAAGGAGCCUGGGAGGUCAUUGGGAUAGAAGCUCUUACCAGUGAUUACCUGUACUACAUUAGUAAUGAACAUAAAGGAAUGCCAGGAGGAAGAAAUCUCUAUAGGAUCCAGCUUAAUGACUACACAAAAGUGACGUGCCUUAGCUGUGAGCUGAAUCCAGAAAGGUGUCAGUACUAUUCUGCAUCAUUUAGUAACAAGGCAAAAUACUAUCAGCUGAGAUGUUUUGGCCCUGGUCUGCCCCUCUAUACUCUGCAUAGCAGUAGCAGUGAUAAAGAACUAAGAGUCCUGGAAGACAAUUCAGCUUUGGAUAAAAUGCUGCAGGAUGUCCAGAUGCCCUCAAAAAAACUGGACGUCAUUAAUUUGCAUGGCACAAAAUUUUGGUAUCAGAUGAUCUUGCCUCCUCAUUUUGAUAAGUCCAAGAAAUAUCCUCUGCUAAUAGAAGUGUAUGCAGGCCCUUGUAGUCAAAAAGUAGACACUGUCUUCAGACUCAGCUGGGCUACUUACCUUGCAAGUACAGAGAACAUUAUAGUAGCUAGCUUUGAUGGCAGAGGAAGUGGUUACCAAGGAGAUAAGAUCAUGCACGCAAUCAACAGAAGACUGGGAACAUUUGAAGUUGAAGAUCAAAUUGAAGCAACCAGACAAUUUUCAAAAAUGGGAUUUGUGGAUGACAAGCGGAUUGCAAUUUGGGGCUGGUCAUAUGGAGGGUAUGUAACCUCAAUGGUCCUGGGAGCAGGAAGUGGCGUGUUCAAGUGUGGAAUAGCCGUGGCACCUGUGUCAAAGUGGGAGUACUACGACUCAGUGUACACAGAGCGUUACAUGGGUCUUCCAACUCCAGAAGACAACCUUGACUAUUACAGGAAUUCAACAGUCAUGAGCAGAGCUGAAAAUUUUAAACAAGUUGAGUACCUCCUUAUUCAUGGAACAGCAGAUGAUAACGUUCAUUUUCAGCAGUCGGCUCAGCUCUCUAAAGCCCUGGUGGAUGCUGGAGUGGAUUUCCAGACAAUGUGGUAUACAGAUGAAGACCAUGGGAUUGCCAGCAACAUGGCACAUCAACAUAUAUAUACGCACAUGAGCCAUUUUCUAAAACAAUGCUUCUCUCUACCCUAGCACCUUGAAACAGCAUGCCAUUUAAAGCUUACGAAAAGCCACUUUUGCUCUCAUUAUCUCCAAACUGCACUGUCAAGAUGAUGAUCUUAAAAAAAAAAA